AUCGGACGCAUCUAGACCAACGACGUCAAUGCUCUGAGUCUUCAUUUUCGACAAAAGCAGCUUCUCCAACCCAUUGUCUAGCUUCUCCCUCUCCACCGAACCCACACAACCGUGUUUCCCUGUGUCCUGUGCGUGUGUUUUGGAGCUCCAGGCGUAGCCAUGGCUGAGGUACUGGCCACCAUGGUGGUUGGGUCACUGGUGUCCAUGGUGAAGGACAAGGCCUCCAGCUACCUCCUGGACCAGUACAAGGUGAUGGAGGGCAUGGAGAAGGAGCACGAGGUCCUCAAGCGCAAGUUGCUGAACAUCUUGGACGUCAUUACCGAUGCCGAGGAGCAGGCAGCAGCCAAGAGAGAAGGGGCGAAAGCUUGGCUGGAGAAGGUCCGGAAGGUGACCCACCAGGCGAAUGAUGUCCUCGAUGAGUUCAAGUACGAGGCACUGCGCCGCAAAGCCAAGGAGGAGGGCCGCUACAAGGACCUCGGCAUGGAUGUAAUAAAGCUCUUCCCUACUCACAACCGUAUUGUUUUUCGUUACAAGAUGGCAAACAAGCUCCGUAUGAUCCUGCAAGAAAUUGAUGACCUCAUCAAAGAGAUGAAUGACUUUAGGUUCAGGUUCAAACUAGGGCCAUUAGAGCCCAUAAAUUACUUGAGGCAGAAUAAUCCUGAUAUCAUCGACCCUGUGAACAUUGCUAAAGAAUCAAGAGCCCAAGAGAAGAAGGAUGUUGUUGAUAGAUUACUUGGUCAAGCUAGUAGCCCGGAUCUCACGGUCCUUCCAAUCGUUGGAAUGGGGGGAUUGAGCAAGACCACCUUGGCACAGCUCAUUUACAAUGACCCUGAAAUCAGGAAGCAUUUCCAGUUGCGGCUUUGGGUGUGUGUCUCUGAUAACUUUGAGGUGGAUUCCCUGGCUGAUAGAAUAGUGAAAGAGAAUGGUUGUGAAGCAAGUGGAAGUUCAGCAUUGGACAAGCUUCACAAUGUAGUGAAGGGUAAGAGGUACCUCCUCGUAUUGGAUGAUGUCUAGAACCGUGAUGAGCAUAAGUGGGAAAGGCUGAAGUCCAACCUUUAGCAUGGUGGCAGUGGUAGCUCAGUGUUGACAACAACUCGCGAUGGAGCAGUUGCUGACAUAAUGAUGGGUAAAACUGAAGGAGCCUAUAAACUUGAAAGCUUGGGUGCAUACUUCAUAGAGAAAAUUAUAAAGACAAGAGUAUUCAGAUCACAAAAAGAAGAGGAAUGGCCUGUUGAACUAGUUAAAAUGGUCGGAGAAGUUGCCAAGAGAUGUGCUGGUUCUCCUUUAGCUGCUACAGCAUUGGGCUCUUUACUGCGUACCAAGACCAGCAAGCAAGAAUGGGAAGGUAUACUAAAUAGAAGCAUGAUUUGUGAUGAGGAAAAUGGAAUUUUACCAGUACUUAAACUCAGUUACAAUAGCUUUCCGUCAUAUAUGCGGCAAUGCUUUGUUUUUUGUGCUAUGUUUCCUCAGGAUUAUGAGAUUGAUGUGCAAAGUCUAAUCCACCUAUGGAUGGCCAAUGGUUUUAUCCCAGAGCAACCAGGAGUGUGUCCUGAAACCAUUGGAGAAAAAAAUUUCAAUGAGCUGAAGUCGAGGUCAUUUUUCAGGAUUUGAAAGGCUUCCCAUUUGACGAAAGAAUUUCUACUUCUGGAAUGAACAAGUAUUGUUCUAGAAUUACUUGUAAGAUCCACGACCUUAUGCAUGAUGUUGCAGAAUCUGCUAUGGGAAAAGAAUGUGCUGCAAUAACUACACGCCCGAGCCAAAGUGAGGAUGCUCUUCAUUCAACUCGUCAUUUGUAUUUAUCAGUCUAUCGACCAGAAAAUCUUCUGAAUGCUUCCCUAGAGAAAGGAUCUCCAACUUUCCAAACAUUGAUAUGUGACGGAUAUGUAAAAGAAGAUAUGAAGAUCUUAUCAAAAUACAACUCUAUUAGAGCAUUAAAGAUCAA